AUGAAACUGAUAAUUUUCUUGAGUGCGAUUUGGUUAAUCACUACGAGUACUUGGGCCUAUUCAAAUGAUUGUGCUAAAGGUCCAGAAUAUUGGUGUCGUGAUGUAUCAACUGCUGAAGAUUGUGGUGCUUUGCUUCAUUGUCAACAAACGGUAUGGCGUGAGAAAGGAAAUGAUAAAAAACCAAUGACAACAAGUGAAACAGCUCAAAUGUUAUGCAAUGUUAUUGUUCAAGCUUCAAUUGAACUUGUUACUGAUGGUUUUAUUGAUGUUAAUUCAAUUAAACAAUAUCUUCGUAAUGAUUGUACUAAAUUACCAAAUGAAAAUAAUCUUAUCCAUAAAUGUGAAAUGGCUGUUGAUCUUUAUCUAUCUGAUAUUCUUCGUCAUAUCCAAAGUGGCACCGAUUUGAAAAGAAUUUGUCCAAUCAUUCAAGGACAUGAUUCAGAAAGUGUUUUCAUUCCAAAACCAAAACCUAUUGGUCUUACACCGAAUCAAACAUGUGUUCUAUGCGAAUUUAUUAUGAAUAUUCUUGCAAUAUAUGCUACAGAUAAUUCAACAGCUCAAGAACUUGCUCAACUUCUUGAAGAAAUUUGUCAAGCUAUGCCGGAUGUAUUGAAAACCGAAUGUAAAUCAUUCCUUGAUACAUAUGGUGUUGAUAUUAUUGCACUUCUUGUUCGAGACUUUAGUCCAAAUAAAACAUGUGCAUUAAUUAAACUUUGUCCAAAACCAACAAAUGUUGCUUUUUUAAUUAAACCAAAUGCAAAUACAUGUGGUCUUUGUGAUUAUAUUUCAACAUAUUUAUCAGCUGGUUAUCCAAUUGAAAAUGUUUGUACAUCUUUCUCAACUGAUAAUAAUAUUAGACAACAAUGUGAAGUUCUUGUUCAUUUAUAUAAACCAAAUUAUUGUUCACAAUUACCUAUAUGUUAUGAGGAUGUAGUAAUUCAACCAAUUGAACAAUCAAUCGAAACACCAGUCAAUAGUCCUCAAUGUGCAUUAUGCAAAUAUGUCGUCAGUUACAUUGAUGCUGUUGUUCAAAAUAAUAAAUCGGAAGCUGCUAUUGAAGCUGCAUUAGAAAAAGUUUGCGACAUCUUACCAGGUCCAAUUAAAGAUAAAUGUGUUGAUUUUGUUGAAACCUAUGGACCACGUCUUGUUCAAUUUAUUGAAAAAUAUGUUACACCGGAUCAAGUUUGUAAUGCUUUGAAAUUAUGCCAUAACGGCACAGACACACUCACUCCUCUUGAACGUGUUCAAUUAAUGAAAUUUGAAAAACUUGCAAUCAAGUCCAUUCAAUGUAUAUUCUGUAAAUUUGUAAUUACUACCUUAGAUAAGUCUAUUGGCACUAAUCGAACACCAGCAGCCAUUGAAGCAGCAUUACAGAAAGUCUGCGACAUCUUACCAGCUUCACUCAAACCCAAUUGUACAACCUUUGUUCAUAAAUAUGGACCAAUUAUUGCUUUUCUUUUGGCUAGAAAUGCAACACCUGAACAAGUUUGCAAUUUUAUUAAAUUCUGUAACAAUGGCACACAAGAAAUGACACCUUAUGAUAUUCUUCAAAUGUUCGAGAUUAAAGAAUCAACGAUUCAAUCUGCGCAAUGUCCAAUAUGCAAAUAUGUCGUCAGCUACAUUGAUAAUAUUAUUCAAAACAACAAAUCAGAAGCUGCCAUUGUAGCUGCUUUAGAAAAAGUUUGCACUAUUCUACCAGGACCUAUUAAAGAUAAAUGUGAUCAAUUCGUUGUUACCUACGGACCACUUCUUGUUAAACUUAUUGAAACAUAUGGUACACCAGAAGCAGUUUGUAAUGCACUGAAAUUAUGUCACAAUGGAACACAAGAAGUUU